UCCGGUUGGCAUCCCGUUGCGCUCACAUGCUGCAGUUUGAGGCCCCUCAAGACUUAUCGAUGAAGCUAUUCCUUGAUACAUCAUCAAUGCAGAUCUUGUUCUCCGAGAUGGUUGAAAAUUCUGGCUGGCAUUUCAUGGAUACAGGAUAUUACCGAGGAGAUUAA